AUGUUCUCCAAAACCCUUGCUGUUACCCUCCUCGGGUCUAUCCCCGCGGCACUUGCCUGCCUGGGCUACGAAGGAGGCCUCCCUACACCCACCGAGACCAGACCAAUCUCUGCACCCAUCUAUGUCAAGUCUGGCGAGGUGUUUGACGGAGGCUGGGCCAAGUACGACAGGAGCCCUACUUCUUGCAGGGAUCAGUCGGAAGGAGGUGAAUCUGACACCGCCUUCGUGCUUGAAAAGGGCGCCACCUUGCGUAACGUCAUCAUCGGCAAGACUGCUGGAGAGGGUGUUUACUGUCUAGGAGGAGGCUGCACUCUCGAGUUUGUGUGGUUCGAGGAUGUUUGCGAGGACGCCAUCUCCAUUAAAGAGGACAAGGUUGGCGACGAGACCUGGAUCAUCGGCGGAGGUGCCUUCCAUGCCUCCGACAAGAUCAUCCAGCACAACGGAUGCGGAAAAGUCAACAUCAUCAACUUCUACGCCGAAGACUACGGCAAGGUCUACCGCUCCUGCGGAACUUGCCAAAAGUGCGCUCGCGAGGUCUACGUCGAGGGAGUCACUGCCCGCGAUGGCGGCGAGGUUGUGGGCAUCACCAAGUCGAACGGCGACAAGGCUACCCUUGUCAACGUCUGCACCGACGCCAAGACCCCUUGCCAGAACUACAGCGGUCCUGGUGACAAGGACGGCGCCUGCUAA